AGAUCAAAGGAAAAAAAAAAAAAACUAAGUGUGGUGGAAGAAAUCGACUCCACUGGGGAUCGAACCCAGAAUCUCUGGUUCCGUAGACCAGCGCCUUAUCCAUUGGGCCAUGGAGUCUUUUUAUUUGUUUGAAGCAAAACAAUCCUUGUCUACUGUUAACUGAAGGAAUCGGAGUCCCGAAAUGUACCAGAUUAGGUAUUAAGCGAGUUACUUUAAACAUACUUUUUCUCUUUCCUUUGAUCUGACUACCAUAAAGAGAGAGAAAGAAAACUGGGUAAUAUGAUUUCUCUAUACAGAUAGCUAUGAUAUUAUUAUAUCACUUAUCGUGGUUUUGUAGCUGAAUUUGGUGUUUGGGUCAAUCUGGUAUAAGCCAACAAAAAAAAAAGGUGUUUCUUGAGAAUAUGAAUGGAAUAUAGAAUCAGACACCACUCCAAUCGACAAAAAAGGUGGGAACUUGUGGUGUAAAAAUAUCGUCUUCUGUAUAUUGGAUUGGAUAAUAAAAGGAAGGAAAUGGGAAAGAAAAAGUCUUUGAGGAGCAAAGCCGUUCACUUUGUAACAGAUCUUACCACUGUCCUUCUUAACCCCAUUUCUGAUAAACCCUCCACGCCUCCCCACCCUCCUCCUGAAAAUGCGAGCGAGUCAAAAAGAAGUCAACCAGAGACAGAGUCAAUCGGCAAAGAGGAUGAUGGGGAUCUAGUUAAUGGCCCUGAUACGUCUUCUUUCACAGCAUUCCUCUAUUCACUGUUGUCUUCUUCGGAAUCAGGUCACAAUUUGAAUCUAGAUCAGCAAAAUGAUAAUCAAGAGGAAACUGGUGAUGCAUCUGACACCAUAAUGAAAGAGAAUGGUAGAAGGAAAAGCUUAUUUUCUAGGGGUAAGCAAUCACUUAGAGCUCUUUACCAAGCUACUAGGAUCAGUGGAUACAAAAAUCAAGACACCAAGGAUGAUUCUGACAUGAAAAGUGAUGAUGAGGGUGAUGCUAAAUUUGAUGGACUUGAGAUGAGACAUAUGCAAAAUGUUAAGGAGCCUUUGGCUUUAGGAGAUCUUCCAGAAACUUCUGAACCAUCAUUGCUUCUUUCGGAGAAAACAAGAAGUGCCCUUUAUGCAUCACUUCCAGCUCUUGUUCAAGGGAGGAAGUGGUUAUUGCUCUACAGUACAUGGAGGCAUGGCAUAUCACUGUCAACAUUGUACAGGAGAAGCAUGCUCUGGCCUGGCCUCAGUUUGCUGCGAUACUGUUAUAAAUAUGAAACAAACAUUUACAUAACACUGAGCAGGAAUGUCAUUCCCAUGGUCAAAUGCAGGAUAUUGGUCUUCUGGGGACAUGUUGUUGGAGACCGUAAAGGUGCAGUGUUUGGCGGUCUGAUUGAGGCACCCCUAAAACCAACCAAUAAGAAAUACCAGGGAACAAAUAGUACCUUUGUUUUCACAAAUAGACCCGGUGACCCAGUUGUAUUCCAUCCCACAGGUGCAAAUCGAUAUUUCACUCUGUGUUCCACUGAAUUUCUGGCAAUCGGUGGUGGUGGCCAUUUUGCUCUCUAUCUAGAUGGUGAUCUGUUGAAUGGAUCUAGCUCAUUCUCAGAAACGUAUGGUAACCCCUGUCUUGCAUUUUCUGAAGACUUUGAAGUGAAGGAGAUUGAGUUGUGGGGCUUUGUAUAUGGAUCAAAAUAUGAGGAAAUACUUGCUUUAAGCAGAACAGAGGUGCCUGGAAUUUGCCGGUGGUAAAAACUAAAAUAUCCUUCAAGGUGGUUCUGAUGGUUUUCGUUUGGUACAAUCAUCUUUUGGUGUGUGCUGAUUUACUUAACUGGAAAUCAUAAAUCACUGCUGUUUUCUAGUACUUGUAAAUACUUUCCCAACCUUGUAUAUACAACAAGUGCUUAUGCAUCAUAUACUAUGUAGUUUCUGGCACAUGCUGAAUUGUGGCUAAAUGUUAGUGAUAAUGUAUUUCAGCAAAAUUAGUCGAUCA